AUGGUGCUGAGUGAUCUCCUUUACCCAGAUAACCCCAGGAGACGUCAAGAAUUGAUCCAUUUGCACCAGGAGCUGCUUGACUGCAUGUCCACAAAUUUCCAUGCAACAAAUGAGCUGGCUGGAGUGCUGAAUGAACACCUAGGGUGCACAAUUCCCCAUAUUAAGAUAAGAGAGAGCAGUACCAUCAAGGAAAACUGUGACAUUAUCAUUCAGGCAAUGAGUGAGAUUCAGCACCAAGUACAGAAGAUUGAUAGUGACAUGAAGGAAAAGCUAGAGCCUGUGCUGUACCAGAAGCUGCAUGAUAUCAAAGAGCCGGAGUUAGAGAAAAUUGCAAUAGCCCACAGAGUCUUUUCUGUUGUUCUUGGAGAAGCAACUUCCACAGCUGGGAUGGUAGCUAUCAAACUAAUUGGCUCCAACUUCAUAACUCUCACUCUUGGCAAACUUGUCAGUCUCCUUGCACAGAUUGGGGCAUCUGUCCUGGGGGGGAUCAGCAUUGCCAUUCUCGGGCUUGGCAUUGAAAUGAUCCUCCACGCCAUCCUGGGAGCUGUGGAGAGGAAUGAGCUUCUGGCAGCCGUGAGAAGCUACGAGGAACACCUGGCCCAGUUUAGGGCUGCCUCCGAGAAGUACCAGAGAGCCAUCCAUGAAGUGACUUCCCUGGUGAGACAUCAGGCUCAAUGA